AUGCAUAGCGCUCUGCCUCUCUCUCAUCUCACAGCCUCGUCAUCGCGGGUGACUCCCUUGCCUCCGAAGUCUGCGUGCUCGCCUCCCGUAUUCCCCUUCUUCCGCAAUGCAGGCUCCCCAGCUCCUGCCUUCUUACGCACGCUUCACCCUCUACUACCACCGCUUCAUGCAAAUUUUUUCGAGCUGUUAGAUUCCGAAUUAGAGAAAGUCGACUCUUUUUAUUCCGAACGAGAGAAGGAAAUGCGAGACCGCGGCAGGCUGCUCAAAGAGCAUCUUAAUGAACUUGGGCAACGUCGCAAGAAGUACUACGCCAGUCUACUGUUCAGCGUACGCGCUUUCUUCUGUUUUUUGAGACGUUCUAACUCCCCAGGUCAUAUCAUCUGCGUCUACGAUUCGAGCUAA